GAAUUAGAAUAGGGGAUGUCAAGUAAAGGAAAUUCAAGGAAAAAUGUGGUCCGGCACCCUGAUUUUGAGCAAUUUGGGGAGAGAGAACUAAGACAAACAUUACAGUCAAGUCGCACCAUUCGCCCAUUGAAUUUUCAAUAAUCAAGUGAUUUUGAGCGAGUUGUGUUACAAAACCCUACUAAAUGAGCAUGUUUGGUGUUAAGCAGUGAACCCACUAUCAAAAAUUGGCUCAAAACCACGAUGCUAAUUGCCUAGACAAGCAUGUAAAAUGAAAAAAAAAAUGUCAAAACUCAAUGCAUGCACAGUGCGGUUUGGCUGGGCAUGUUGUCUUUGAUUUUAUUCCAUGGAAUAACGUCAGUUGUCCAUGAACGCGUUUACUUGACUAGCCCUAUAUGAAGAGACCAACGUAGCCUCGACCAAGAGUAUCAAAUGAUCGCCAAUGAGAACGCCAUCGCUCAGAUGAGCAAAUCCGGCGUGUUGUAGUCAGCUCGCGCCCAAUCAACAACAACCCAUUCAGCAUACUAGUACUUGUACUAGUACUAGUUCUAGUUCUUGUACUAGCCACACACCAUGGAGGACAGACCGAAAGCCAUGGAUCCUUUUAGCCCCACGGAGUUUGAAAGCGUGGCCCAGUACUUGAUGGGCUCCCAGGUUCGACCCUAUCCGAAUGUGUUUGUGCCUCAAAGUGCGGGCCCAGCCCGAGUUCAGGCCAAAGAGGAGCUAUUCAUGCAGAACAUGAUGGAAAGUUGUGCCUUCAAGAGCUCCAUGAGUUUUGUGGUGGGCGGGGCUUUGGGGGCGUUUCUUGGACUGUUCAGCUCCUCCAUGGCGCCUCAUCAGACCACCGUCCAGUUGAAUACCAGAGACACCUUGAUCGACAUGGGCAAGACCAUCUCGAGUCAUGCCAAGAACUUUGCCAUGAUCGGUUUUAUGUUUGCCGGUACAGAGUGCUUAGUAGAGAGUUAUCGCGGCCAAACGGACUUGAACAAUGCUGUAUACUCGGGUUUCAUCACGGGUGGUCUCUUGGGCAUGCGAGCGGGGCCCAUGGGCGCGGUUUGGGGGGGUACUGGCUUUGCCGCCUUCUCGUUAGCCAUCGACUAUUUCAUGCACGAGAGCUCGCUCUUCAAUCCGGAGAAAUGACACUGUUAUGUUCGAUUGCCCAUGUGACAAUAGAUUUACAGAUGCAUUCUGUGUAGAUCUGUUGAAUUACGAUCAGUCGAUUAGUGUUACUUUUGUUCCAGA